UAUAAGUUAAGAAUCAUGUGCCUGGUACUCCCAUUGGAUGGGUUACCACUUGAGCCAACUCCUCUGAAUAUGAGUUGUAAAAUCGCUUCCUGGUGGUUUGGAACCCACCUAAAACUUUAGGUCCAUUCAUCUCACCGCCUCAUCAUCAUCCUCAGCAAAAAAAUACAUUAAGACUCAAUAUCAAUUUCAAACUCCAUUGUUCACAAAAUAUUUUAGUUCAACUGUGUAGUGUUGGUUUGUGUUGUGCUUUGGAUGCUGGUCGACUGCAGACUACAGAGUAUAGAUGUUGUGUGCUGUGCUACAUUAUACAGCCAGUGGUGUCAUCAAAUGGCAACCAAGUGUUGUGCAAAAAUAGAAUAGGUUCUAUUUUGGCGUAACACUACUUUGUGCGGCACUGCAGAUGGUCUCUAGUGGGCCAUCUAUGUUUGUUCUCUACUAUAGCUCUGACUUACCAGCCACACUUCGCAGCGCGAUAAUGUACAGCGAGUGGAGCCGUGGCCAAACUGUAUGAUCCUCAAGUGGAAGACACAGUUAUAAGUAAAUACUGACCUUUACUAAUGGGAAAUAAUUCCCAGGGUCACCCUGAUCCGGCAAUUUUGCAUAUGCUCUUUGUGGACUUCCGCCAAGCAUUUGAUAGCAUCAAAAGAGACAGAAUGAUGAAUGUGCUAAAUGAGAUGGGAAUCCCAAGAAAGUUGACAAGUCUCAUAAAGAUGACAAUGUAUGGUAUGACAUCACAAGUUAAAAUAUGAAACAAACUGAGUCACUCAUUCAAUGUUACAACCGGUGUAAGACAAGGUGACGCACUGUCAGCAACCCUCUUCAAUUUUAUGCUUGAAACAAUACUUCAGAAGAUAGGUAACAAGGUAGACAAGUAACACAAUACUUAACAGAACAAGUCAAAUACUGGCCUAUGCGGAUGAUGUGCUGCUGAUAGCAUGGAAUCGCAAUAAGUUGAAAGAGAUUUUCAGCACAAUGAAAGAGGAAGCAAGAGAGCUGGGUCUUGAAAUUAAUAUUGGGAAGACUAAGUAUAUGAGAAUGUCUGCAAAUGAAAGAAGAAGGCACGUAGACAACUUGAUACUAUCAGAUGAUUGCAGCAUUGAAGGUGUCAGAGAGUUUAAGUAUCUUGGAGUUACACUGACAGCCGACAAUAAGACUAGCCAAGAAAUCUCUAACAGAAUUAUGAUGGGCAAUCGAGCAUAUUUUGCAAAUCAAAGGAUGUUUAAGAGUAGAAUAGUAUCAAGAGCAACUAAAGUGAAAAUGUACAAGACGUUAGUCUGACCGGUUGUGACAUAUGGAGCAGAGACAUGGACACUGCUGAGCAGGGAUGGAAGAGCACUGAAGUCAUUCGAGAGAAAGAUGUAUUGAAGGAUCUGGGGACCACUAUGUAAUGGAGGGGUUUGGAGAACCAGACAUAACAGCGAAAUCGAUAAGGCUAUAGGGGGAAGGAAAUAUUGUAAGAUUUAUUAAGGCAAGAAGGAUGGAAUGGCUUGGACAUGUGGUGAGAAUGAAUAUGGAAAGGACACAACUUAGACUGCUGGAUGGACGAAUGAUGGGGACGAGAAAGAGAGGAAGACCGAGAAUGAGAUGGAUAAAUGAUGUGAUAGGUGAUCUGUGUGUGCUGGGCGUAUCCAACAACUGGUGGCAAAGAUCCCAGAGAAGAGACAAUUGGAGGCAUUGUGUUGAGGAGGCCAAGGUCCACCCAGGACUGUAGAGCCAACUAAAGUAAAGUUAGUAUGUACCCUGAUCUGGCUAACCUCAGUCAGCGUCUGGAGAGGGCUGGAGUAGGAUUUACUGCUCUCAAUGUGGUGUCAGCCGGCCGCUCAAGGUUGGAACAGCCGGGCAUGAUUGGCCUCCUAGUGGUGUUUGGCAACCUUCCGACACCAAGUGGUGUCCUCUAGGUUCACCACGGCAGUCUCCUCAUGAGUUGGAAAAUCUUCAGGAGGUGAAAUGCAUCCUUUGCACUGUCCGAAGGGAGGGGUGUAGCUAGGAUAGACGGGAGAGUAGGGUAGCUCAUCUGCUCAGUAUUCAGUUUGAGGAAAAAUAUAUAAAUUAGUUCGAAUUUGAAUUUUAAAAUGCUGUAAAUCACCCUGAAGAUGACUGCUACUGCAAAUAUUGACAAAAGGGUUAACAGAUAGAUGGAAACUCAAUGAUCACUGCUAUCCAAAAAUUAUUUGCCAGUCAGGAAUGCUCACCCUUACACCAAACUGACAAUCUCUUGAUAGCAGCGAUCAUUUUAAUCAAAGAUUACAGCAUUUAAUUGGGAUUUUCGUUUAAUAAUAAUUAUUCAUUAAUUAGCAUUUGUACAAAUGCAAUUUCUAAUUUAUCUCCAUUUGUAAAAAUAUAGACUUGAUCACUGCUCUAUCCUUAAUACGUUUUAAUUGGUUUGUUUUCAGAUGGCAAGCACAAGUGGACGCACUAAUCCACCAAAGAGGAGGCGUGAGGAGGAAGAAGGAAGUGUUGGCCUUCCUCCUAAGAGAAGGUGCAUUGCACAUCAUCAGGCCCCUCUCCGAAGAUCCCAGAGGAUAAUACAAAAAAAUGCUGAGAGACUAGAACAAGAACAGCAACAACAACAACAACAGCAACAACAACAACAGCAACAUCAACAACAACAGCAACAACAACAACAACAGCACCAACAUCAACAGCCCGAACAACCGGAACAGGAACCUGAUGUUAUGGAUUUAUAUUUGGAACUCUAUUGGGCCAGAAUUGGCAAAGGGCCCUACUGGCCAUGCCAGAUAGUUCGAGACGAAGAUGAGAGAUUUUACAAGAGAAAAAUUUGCUCCAACGGUGUCAUCAGAGUAUCUCUCUAUGUGCGGUGGUUGGGGGAUGGGAGGCAUUCCUGGGUGGGCCUCUCUUAUUUGGUGCCCUUUGAGAGGGCACCAACCCCCCAACAGACACCCUACACAAUGUUAAAAAACUAUGUCAUAACUCACCUCAAAACGAAAGACAACUUGAAGGCCUGUAAGGUGCCAAGGAGGCUGGUGGCCAAAGUGGACGCAGCAGUGGAGUUGGCUAUGGAGAUGCAGGAUGUUUUUAUAUGAGUAGAAGAAAGAAAGAAAUAAUUGUGAGGAGUACUCUGGAGAGAAGGGUACAGUGUCUGAUGGGUGAGUGAUGAUGAUCAAUUCAUUUCAUUUUUAUUGUUUAUUAAUAAUAAUUCAAUUUAUACUCAAAGUUAAUGUACUUCGCUUAUUACACAGUCACUAUAUAACCUAUUAUCAUAAAUUUAUAUACUUUUAUUCAUUCAUUCAUUUCUAUGAUUAUGAUGAUGAUGAUUUUAGGCCUACAAUAAUGAAUUAUUAUCAAUCUAGUACCAUUAUCAAA